CUGGCUGAGAUUGCAAAGAUAACGACACCUUGAUGUCGAGCUUGCUGCUCAUAUCUAACAAUAACAGAAGCAGUAGUCGCUCCGGCAGGUGGCUCGGCAACUCACAUCAAUGCCUGGGAGAAAAACUGUUCGCUAGCUAGCGAGUUUUCAGGGGGUGUAACAUCUAAACAGAUAGCCAGCUAGCUUGCUAACAAACUUUUCUAAUGUCAGUAAUUACCUAGCCUAUAGUUAGACAAAGAGUUCCGAAUACUAUAACGCUCUUACGUUAGCUAGGUGAGCUAACCUGAAUUAAUCACGAGAGCCACUGGACUACUGACACCUGCUUCUUCAAAUAUGGUUGAGGUGUUUUCGGGACGAACUCUUUUGAAUAAAGAGGGCGAAAUCGUUGACCCAGAGGAGGCUCUCAGAAACAAGGUAGUUGGUUUGUAUUUCUCUGCCGGUUGGUGUCCUCCCUGCCGCGAUUUCACCCCUAUCUUGUGCGAUUUCUACACGGACCUGGUAGAAGAGAAUGACCCUCCAGCUCAAUUUGAAAUAGUCUUCAUUUCAUCCGACAAGUCCGCAGAAGACAUGGUCGAGUACUAUCAUGACAUGCACGGGGACUGGCUGGCCUUACCUUGGAAUGAUCCAUACAAACAUGAGUUAAAAACGAAGUAUAACAUCACAGCUGUACCAAAGCUAGUGAUUGUGAAGGAAAAUGGAGAGGUUAUCACAGAUAAAGGAAGAAAGCAAAUCCGAGACCAAGGCCUUGCAUGCUUCAGGAACUGGCUGGAGGUGGCAGAAAUUUUCCAAAACUUUACGGACUAGGAAGGGAUGGAUUUUUCCAGUGCAGUAGGGUACCCAUUUUCUAUGCACAAUAGCUUGCCAUUGAAUGUACGAGGUAGAAAUAUUUGUACAUUUUGUAGCCUUUUUGUAAUUUGGUUUAUUUAUUGUAUACUGAACAAAACUAAUGUAUACUGAACUAAGCUUUUUUAGUUGCGUGUACCCCAACCCCCAGCACAAUACUUUGCAUUUAACC